CGCGCAGGCAAAGCCGGAUUUUACUGGCGCAAGCUCUCAUGUGACUGCAGAGCAAACAUUUCGGCUGUUACCAAAAACUUCCUGCAAGGUCCCGCCAAACCUCUCGACGUCCAUUCAGGAUCCGGGAAAGCUGCGGCGGAGCUGGUGAAGAGCACGAGUACGGCUGCAAGAUUCUAUGGUCCAGGGACAACAGCCGGCGCUAAGGCCGCUGUGCCGACACCACGGACAGAAGGGAGGGAGGUGACGGGCAGCGCUGGGAGCACGGACGCUGCACCCGCCAAAAAAGGAGCCGUCAGUAUAAAAGGGCGAUGUGUCCGACACCCCGAGGAGAGGUUCAGGGUGGAGGUCGGGUACAAUGCAGAACUCAUCACCCUCUUCAAGGGGAUCCCCAGCAAAAACUACGAUCCUGCAACUAAAAUGUGGAAUUUCAGCCUGGAAGAUUAUCCGAGUCUGAUGAGUGAGGUCCAGAGGCUGCAGAACAUAACUCUGAAACCCCUGGAAGGAAUGGAGGACGUUGAUAUUCCGGCACUACUGUCUGCGGCCAACGGGGGCGCCACUGUCAGCGCUUUGCUUGCCUUGUGCAACAACUGGCAGAGACCGAGCGCCACUUUGAAGGGCAAGUGCCUGUUGGUCUCGCGUUCUCGCUUUGAGGUGGACAUCGGGUAUCACGCGGAGGUCAUCAGUCUCUUCAAGCAGAUGAGCUCCCGGAAUUACGACACGAAAACCAGAAAAUGGAGCUUUCUAUUGGAGGAUUACCAGAAUCUGAUGGAAGCGUUACACAGGAUCGCGCAGGUGGAGGUGGAGCCGCUCCCCAGACCCGUGGUCCAGGCCUUCGCCGCUCAGUUUGAGAAGACGUCUGUGACUCGGCCUGAUGUCCCGGAUGUAGACCUGUCUGCUGUGGAUGACAAACUGGUCACCAGCCUGAUGCCCUUCCAGAGGGAGGGGGUGGGCUUUGCCAUCUCUCGGGAGGGCCGCCUGCUCCUGGCUGACGACAUGGGCCUAGGGAAGACCAUCCAGGCCAUCUGCAUCGCCGCUUAUUACAGGAAAGAGUGGCCGCUGCUCGUGGUGGCUCCGUCAUCUGUCAGGUUUACCUGGGCCGAGGCUUUCCAUAGAUGGCUGCCGUCCAUCCAGUCAGAUAGCAUCAACGUCAUAGUGACCGGCCGCGACAGCCAGUCCGCCAGCCUCAUCAAUAUCGUCAGCUUCGACCUCCUGGGGAAGAUGGACAAGACCAUCACGUCCAACUUCAGAGUCAUCAUCAUAGAUGAAUCUCAUUUCCUUAAGAACGUGAAGACGGCGCGAUGUAAAUCCGCCAUGCCCCUGCUAAAGAGUGCGAAGAGGGUGGUUUUGCUGUCGGGGACUCCGGCCAUGUCUCGGCCCGCGGAGCUGUACACCCAGAUCGCCGCCGUGAGGCCCAGCUUCUUCCCCCGUUUCCACGACUUUGGAGUCCGAUACUGUGACGCUAAACAGUUGCCGUGGGGCUGGGAUUACUCUGGAUCCUCCAAUAUGAACGAGUUGAAGCUCCUGCUGGAAGAAUCCUUAAUGAUCCGGCGGCUCAAGUCUGAGGUCCUCUCCCAGCUCCCCGCCAAGCAGCGCAAAAUGGUGGUCAUCGCUCCGGAGGGCAUCAAUGCCAAGACGAAGGCGGCGUUGGCUGCUGCGGCUAAGGAGAUGGCGCAAGGCUUCAAGAGUAAAGUGCAAGAGAAAGAAGCUUUACUGCUAUUCUACAACAGGACGGCCGAAGCCAAGAUCAGAUGUGUCAUAGAAUACAUUCUGGAUCUGCUGGAGAGCGGCCGGGAGAAGUUCCUGGUGUUCGCUCAUCACAAGUUGGUUCUGGACAGUGUCUGUGAGGAGCUGGGGAAGAAGAACGUGGGGUUUAUCCGUAUUGAUGGCGCCACCUCCUCCGCCGACCGCCAGGCCCUUUGCCAAAAAUUCCAGUUCUCAGAGAAGACUUGUGUCGCUGUCCUGUCCAUCACGGCCGCCAACAUGGGGCUGACCUUGUCCUCCGCUGACUUAGUGGUGUUUGCUGAAUUGUUCUGGAACCCGGGGGUUCUGAUUCAGGCAGAGGAUCGGGUGCACAGGAUCGGGCAGACCAGCUCCGUCAAUAUCCACUACCUGGUGGCGAAAGGAACAGCAGACGACUACUUGUGGCCGAUGAUUCAGGAAAAGAUUAAGGUCUUGGGUCAGGCAGGACUGUCAGAGACCAACUUCUCCGAAACCACAGAAUCUGCUGAUUAUUUCUAUAAGGACCCCAAGCAGAAGACGAUAUAUGACCUGUUCCAGAGGUCGUUCUCAGAGGAUGGGGCUGCGGAUGACGCAGAUGAAGCUUUGUUACUGGAGGCCUGUGAGGAGUUCGACCAAGAAAUCCCUGAAGGAAAUGUGUGCAAGAAAAGGAAAAUCGAUGAUUACUUCUGAAUCCGAAAUUUUUUUAUGUACAGAGUUGUGUAUAAUGUUAUUUUAUAGUUUAUUUUGUCAAUAAUAUUUCAUAAUUAAAGAGAAAUAAUAUGUCUGUU